AUGGCAACGGUGAACACGGACGCCUGGGACAAAGACACGUCUCUGGGGAAGACUGUCUUCACCCUGGUGGUGUCUGGGCUAGAGUGCAUCGCGGGCACAGUGGGGAACGGCUUCAUCACGGCUGUCCACGGUGCCGAGUGGGCCAGGGGCAAGCGGCUCCCCACUGGCGACCGCAUCCUGGUGCUGCUGAGUCUCUCCCGGCUCCUGCUUCAGAUCUGGAUGAUGCUGGAGAACGUGUUGAGCCUGCUUUUCCGAAGCUCCUAUAACCAAAACACGGUGUACACGCUUUUCAAAGUCGUCAUCAUGUUCCUGAACUACUGCAACCUGUGGCUCGCAGCCUGGCUCAGCGUCUUCUACUGUCUGAGGAUCGCCACCUUCUCGCACCCCUUGUUCUUCAUGAUGAAGAGGAAGAUGGUGGGGCUCAUGACCUGGCUGGUGUGGCUGUCGGUGCUCCUUUCCUUCUGCUUCAGCAUUCCCUUCUGUAAGGACACCUUCUACGUGCACGUGAAUAACUCCAUCCCUGUUCCCGUCUCCAACUCCACGGGGAAGACGUACUUCUCGGAGACCAAUGUGGUCAACCUGGCCCUUCUCUAUAACCUGGGCAUCUUCCUCCCUCUCAGCAUGUUCAUCCUGGCUGCCACCCUGCUCAUCACCUCCCUCAGGAGACAUACCCUGCACAUGCAAACCAGUGCCACUGGCUCCAGGGACGCCAGCAGGCAGGCCCACAUGGGGGCCAUCAAAGCCAUCAGCUACUUUCUCGUUCUCUACGUCUUCAAUGCAGUCGUUCUCCUACUUUCUAUGUCCAACAUCCUUGACACCAACAGUUACUGGAACAUUUUCUGCAAAGUCAUCAUGGCGGCCUACCCUUCCGGCCACUCAGUGCUGCUGAUCCUGAGUAACCCUGGCCUGAGAAGAGCCUGGAAGCGGCUUCGGCACCUGGCGAAUCACUACCUAGAGGGGCAGACUCUGUGA